GGAUGAAUAUUGUGAAAGAGUCCAGAGAUGAUAUUAAUGAAGAUCGGGAUGUAGAAAUGGAUGACAUUAAAGGCAAUGCUGAUUGUGAAGGUGAAAAAGAAUACGAAGAAUUGAAUAAUGAUGAUUGCAAUAUUCAUCAGCAGUCUGUUGCUGUUGAUAAGAAUACAAGUUUGCCACUGUCCAUGCCAAAAAAUUGGAUGCAGGUAGAGAGAUUAAAGCUACUGCAGAGGCAAAUGAUGAAAUCUAAUCGAAUGUUUCUCAAUACCAACAAUAACACAGAGGCUGAAAUUAGUGACCAUCUAACUGAUGUGAAUAACAACAGUGUUCAACAUGAUCGAAAACACAAUAAAAUCUUGAACAUAGAUAUUGUACAACUGCAAGAUGAAAGCAGUACAGACUGUUACUCCAGUGAUGAUGACCAGUUGAUUAUUGACGAAGAUAAAGAAAGUUCAAGUGACAAUUCCGAAGGAACUGGUAAUUAUGUCGGCGAUGCUGGAUUUUCAGAUGAUUCUAACAACAAUGCUUGGAGAAAUAAAAGAACAUACCCAACAAAGCUUGAGAAACAGGGAAGAAAAGAGCUUUAUGAGCAACUAUCUGUUAUUAGAGAAAUAAAGUCUGAUGAAAGAGAUAAGAAGUUGCUAGCAAGGAAGUCUAUCAAGGAAAUUGAUGUUGGUGAGGUUAAUAGGACAGUAGAAUCACCAGAAAAGAUAGAUCUUGGCCCAUUAUCUGUAUCAGCAAUAAAUGACUCCUUGAAAAACAUUAUACCUUUAAAUAUUGAUGAAACUCCAGAGAAGAACUUGCCAUCAUGUAGAUCAGAUGAUUUAAAUGGUAAAGAUAGUCAAGGAAAUACAGCAAAAUUAGUAUUGAGAUACCCUAAGAAAAAGAAAGAAAGGAAAUGCUACAAUGUAUUUCAGCCAUUUGAUUAUUUGUGUGAAUCAUACACUGUGAAAAGAAUUCCCACCACUGCUGAAAUUGAAACAAAUAAUGAAGCAGGUAUGUUGAGAAUUGACAAGAGAGGUGAAUAUUUAGAGCAAUGUGAUGAUGGAAAUAUGGGCGCAAGUCACAAUGGAAAGUCUCCUGGAUUAAGAUUACCAUUUCAGGGCAAGAUGUUAACAAUGUCUAAUUCGGAUCAUUGUCUGAAAAGUACACCUCUUAAACAAGAAAAUGCAAAAGAGGCAAAUGCAAUUGGAGAGGAGGAAAAUUAUCAAUUCAAAUGCAAGUCUGAAACCGAUGUAGAAGCAAACUCAAAAAUAUCUGAAUCUUUUCAAUUGGAUCAUCACAAAAGAAGGGCAAAUGUAUUGACUGACAAUGGCAAUGAGUAUGAAUUUUCUAAUUCUGAAGAGCUGGGGAAAAAAGGUCCACAUUUUUCUCAUUCUACAAAUGAUAAAAUCACAAAUGAGACAGCUGCAAAAUUAAAGUUUAAAAUUGUAGAAAAGAGAAACGACCUCUUGAAUACACUUUACAAAAGGAAAAUUGAAUUGUUAGAGAAAGAAAUGGAGUUAAACAAAACCAAGAUAAACGUGAUUGAAGAAUCUCAGAAGAACAGGGAUAUUUGGUACUCAAAGUUUGAUCUUGACCAUGAUGAUGAUCUGCAAGACAAUUGUGUUACAGAAUCCCUACUUAAGUGCUGGCCUCAUAUGUGUAGAGGGAGAAAGAUGGUUCUUCUGGAAAAGUUGAAGCAAGCAAACAGAAGGCAGGAUUCAAAUGAACACUUAGUAAUCAAAAACAGUCAGUCAGAUGGUGAAAUACCUUCUUUACAAAAUGAAGAAGACUUUGACAGAAAGUUGAAAGGUGGAGAUAUACAUAAGAAGAGCGCUGCAUCCAUAAGUCAAAUGAAAAUUCAUAAAGAUAGGGACAAAGAUGUCAUUCAAAACGUUAGAACAGACAGUGUUAUAAAUGUUGGGAAUAUGAAGGCUCCAGUUGGAUCCAAAAUUUUUGGAUCAGUGAAAAAUACAAAAUCAAGCAAGUUUGCAACUAAGUAUAAACCAUUUCUUGCAAAUACUGAAAAGCAAGGUCCAAGUUCAGCUGCCAUUGAAGUCCAAAGCAAUCUGAAAUACAUGACUGUACCAGGCGUAGUUCCAAAAGGGAAUGGACAACAGUUUAUAAUUGCAGUCACUCAACCCAAGCAAAGCCAUACAUCUUUGAUAGCUCCUGGUAGAUCAGGAGCGCAAGGACUACAAGCUCCUGUAAGAAUACAAAAAGUUACUGACAGUCAGUCAGUCAUACAAGAAGCAAAAAUAUCUAGCCCAGCAUCAUCAGCUAUGGUGAGACAUCCCCUGGCCUUUUCUCAGGUAAUGUUUAGUUCAAACCAGCCUUAUUUGCUGUAUGCCUCACCAGCACAAGCAAGUGCAGCUUCCAAACUUUCGAAAAAUGGGCCAUUGAUGUCCUCUGCAAAGCUAACUGGGCCACAAGUAAUGUCUUCAGCAAACUUGUCACUGGUAACAAUGCCAAAAUCAAACUAUCAAGCAUUGACAGCAAUGGCAAGCAAAGGUGGAGGAACAGAUUUAAAACAAAAUGACAUUGUAAAAUUGUCAUCAGGUUCAUCAGCACAGCCAAGGAUUUCUCACAUUGAAGUUGUUAGCGAAAGACAAAAUACAUUAGGGACGAAUCAAUGGCAACAGACAAGCCAAGCUUCGAUUGCUUCCCAAGGAACUCUGGGUUUAAGAUCGAUCUGCACAUCAGAAGGCAGCGGUCAGACUGUUCAAAGACCUAUUCCAGCUUUAUUACCUUGUACAGGUGAGCCAAUAAUGGUUCCUAGAACAGUAAUUAGGUUUAUCAAUCCUACAACAGGAAAGCAAGUUAUGGUACAAUGCCCGAUGGCUUACGGUAAAGCUCAGCAUUCAACCUUACUGGCACCAAUGGCUGUAACUAAGGUAUCACAACCUAUAAAACUUGAAUCUUCUGAUCAAACUGGCAAGACGACAGCAAAGAUAGUGAAGUACAAUAAAAUUCUUGAAAAUGAACCUACAGUGUCUGCCUCUGUCAUUCCACUGGUGAAAGGAACAGUACCAGUGUCCCUAUUUGCUGGUUCUAUCGAUGUGUCCACUUCUAGAAUCCCUCCUUCAAAAAGUUAUCAUCCAUUCUCCAAAGCAAACAGUCUUGCGUCUACAACAGUGAAUGCAAUGUCAGUCCAAAGUCCUGUGUAUACGUCUCAAGUCCCUGUUAUGGUUGCAAAGAAUAGUAUAAAGCCUUCAUUUGAAAACAUAACUGUUGCUUUUCAAGAUCAAAUUUCAAAGCCAAUAAAACUUGAGACACCCACAACAUUUGAUAUCAAAGUGUCGGAAGCCAAAAAUGUAAAUAAUAGUGUUUAUUCUUCUGCAAUCAGUAGCAGGAAUGACUCAACCCUUACUGCUCUGAGUUCAAUGGACAGUUGUUUGAUGCCUUUAAAGAAGAAGAAGAAAGAAUUAUCAAAGCAUGGACAAUCGUCUGAGAAAAUAUUGUUGAAAGACAAAAGUUUGCUUGAAUAUGUUGGCAAAGAUAAAGAUGCAAUUCAGAAUGGUGACAGCAAAGAUUCAGAGACAAAUGAUAGGACAGAAAGUAAAACAAUGUGUUUGCCAAUAAGAUCCCCAGUACCUUUUUUAGAUUUUCCAGCUAGGAUUGUGCUAUCUAAAAAAGCAACUCAAGGGCAAACAAAGGCUAAAAUUGUUGCUUCGCCUCCCAAAGCAAAAAGCGAUUCAGGUCAAACAUCAGAACAAUUAACAAAAGAUGGCUAUUUAGUAUCUAUUGAAAGCAACAAGCCAGCUGUUUCCGAACAAGUCAGUAAUGCAAUUCUUAUAUCGUCCAUGAACCAAAAACCUGAUAAUGAAACUUCAGGUUUUGAAAUGAAUGAAGAAAAGAAUGCUGAAUCAAACUCGCAAGAAGAUGCAAAUGAAUAUAAUGAGUCAAGUCACUCCUAUGGAAGUUCUGACUUGGAGGAUUAUAGUUCUUAUUUGUCAACGAUGCAAGGAACUGCAUCAAGUUUCAAAAGGAAAAGUCAAUUGAUUGAAAGCUACUACACUGCAAAUGGGAGAAAGCAGUUUGAGGAAUCAAACAUGGAUCCAACGCCUACCUUUCAGAUCGAUGGCAGUUUUAAAUCGUCAACGUCCGAGCCGUCACUGAACAAUGAAAUACCUGGAUUGUCUUCUACUAAAACUUCUUGUGAGAGUAAUGGAUUAAGCAUUUCCCAUGAGGUACUGACAGAAAGUCAUAAUUUACGCGAAACAAAUGCAUUCCAAGACCAAGUGAGAAGUAUUGUUACACCCACAAAGGACAAUAAAGAGUGGAACAGUGAAGCAGAAUGUAGAAGAAUUGCCAGUACUGCUGAAUGUCCAAGUACUGGCAAGAAGUACAUCAAGUCCAAGUUCAUCAUAUUGAAAGGAGAGAUCAUUGACCAAUGGCUGGAAAUCAAGAGGAAGACGGGGUAUGGCGAGAUGUCAGACCCAGACUUUGUACACUAUUUACUGAGGUUGGAGGAGAGGAGACAGGACAUGGUCACCAAGGGUAGCAGUGUGGCUUGCAGUGGGGAGUGCAGCUCACCAGCCCGUGCCGCGAACCUAGACCUAGAUGUUAACAACAAUAGUUCCUGUUUGCCAGCCACAUCCAGCCAUUCAGAUGUCCAAUGCACAGAUUUGCCUGAUGGCCAGAAACAGGGUAGCAUCAAUAUAGAUGGUUUGUCAUCUCCAUCCUCUAGUAGCGGAACACUGUCAGUAGGAGGUUCACCAGACAAAUCCUGGUCAGAGGUCUCAGCAUCGCUGAGUGAUGAGAAGAGAGGCAAACGUCCACUGGACCCGACAUACAUGCUGAGUCCCCCAUCAGCCAAGAAGCCACGAUUCUUCUCUGAUGCCACACAAAAGCAGAUGAGAUGGGCUGCUCAAGUAUUAAGAGACUUCCUGGACCAGGAGAGUAUUUGUGACACACAGUUUGAGCAGUGGGACUCUGCCUACCUCAACAACAUGCUGACUGUUUUCUAUCUGUAUGGCAGAUCUCGUGAUGGAACUGCAUACAGCCCAGAUGAACUACAGAGAGUGCGGCGAGCAUUGUCACUCUACCUGGCUUCUGAGACAGACAGUAAGGCUGUCAGUGUUAGCAUUGCACUGGAUGAAGCAUUCCUUUCAUCAAACAUGACACUCGCAAGAAUAAUGGCCAGCAGACCUGUGGAAGUACACAGAUCUGAGGAUUUUGAGAGCGCUUCUGUGAUUUCUGAUGAAGAUUUAGAGAGGAUGUAUGAAUCUGGUGCAAUCUCAGAUACAAAUCCAACCACCUUACUACGGAAAGUAUGGUUUGACAUCACUUACCACCUGUAUAAGGGUCAAUUUCCACUGAAGGUUUGGAGGUUGCUGAAAAAGAAUCAUCUUGCGCUAGACAGUGAUCAAAAUGGUGUGUUCUAUACAUUCUCCAACCAUGUGUUUGUUUCUGACAAGAAAAACUUGAAGAUGUACGCUACGCCAGAUAAUCCUGAUCGAUGUCCUGUCAGAUCAACAUCCUUCUACUUGUCCAAGCUCAACCCCAGUUGUAAUGACUUUUUCCAGCAUCCUAAGCAGACAUGGAGUUCUAGAACGGCAGUCUGGUAUUGUGGCAGGGUGAUUGAGGAGGAAAAAAUGAAUGAGAUGAUGAUUAAUAUCUCGGGUGAGGCUAAACUGUCCAUGAUCUAUACAAAUGCAAGUGUCCUUGCUACUGCUAACUAUCACAAUAAAGACAAAUAGAACUUGAGACCAAUGCAAACUAUAUAAAACAUUCGAAUCUAGCCUCUUAAAUCAGGUCUACUGACUGAUCAAAUGUUCCUGUAAACAGCAGUGAACAUUUUUUUCUGGGAUGAAGAUUUUGAUCGCAUAUAUUUUGUUUUCAUAUGGGAUAAAAAUUGUAAAUAUAAUGUAGCUGCAUUUUGUGACAUUCACUUUAAGGUCCGUAUUUGCAACUCGAAGCUUUUUAAAGAACAACGUUGACUUAUUGUCAUAGGUGUCAUAUUUGGAGGUUGCGGCAUGCAUUUUUUUCAACCAUGGCUUUAAUUAAAAACCUGUUUUAGAUAUUCAAAUUAGACUCAAUUGCCAGAGACAAUAAAGGCCCAUGACUCUGGCUUUUAUAAUUGUUGAGUUAUGCCCCUUUUCAAAUGAAAAAAUCAACAACAAAAGACAAAUGUUGGCGUUUCCUUGCGGUGCUUUUUUGUAAAACAUUAUACAUGUAGUGUUUUUUAUGUAUUGAUAUAGUCCUGAGUGCUGAUGUUAGUAAUUUUACUGUUAUGAGUUUGUUUUACAAUCCUGUUUUGUGUUA